UCCCGAAGGACUCGAUGCGGCUUACAAAGGCCAUCCUUUACCAUCCUUGUGGGAGUCUUUUCUCAUGUCCCGGAAUGGAGCUGGAGCUGAUAGAGGGAGGUCAUCCAUGAUCUCCCCAGGUUGGAUUCAAACUGGCAACCUUUGGAUCAGCAACCCAGCCUUCAAGUCAGCAGUCUGCCGGCACCAGGGUUUAACCCAUUGCACGACCGGGGGCUGAGAUCAUGGAGUAGGACAUGGUAAUGUAAAGCUCCAUCAAGAGAAAUAAAGCAGGAGACAUUUUGCAAUUUUCCACACCUCCUAAGAAAGCUGUUCAGAUGGUGCAACAUGAAAACAGAGCUAGUUUCCCUUCCCUGAACUGGAGAGGUCGACAAAAACAUAAUGUGAGAAACGGAAACUGAGAGAUUGGGAGAAACAUUCUCGGCUGAGAGAGAAGAUGUCAAACACGUCUACGUUAUACAAAUCUGACACAUGUGUGAGAAGGAGUAGAGGAAAAUUAAAUAGUAAGAAAGCAUUUAAAAAACUGUUGUAUUGGAACAGACACCAGAAAGGCAACCAUCAACAAGCAGCAUUCAAUGUAAAGAAUUCUAUCAUAGGAUAAUUCUUCAAGGGGAAAAUAAGGAAGAGAAGAUUAUGAGGUCCUAUUUUAUUGUUCUGACUUUGAGCCUUAUCUCUUCUAUCAUUGAAGCUCGGGAAAGCUCACUGAUGCAAACUCUUAACUGCUCCACGGAUUAUGACUCAUAUACAGCCUGUACCUGGUUUGAGCACCAGGAGGCAAGAAGCCUUAUCAACAUGAGUCUUCUUAUCCUGAAUCCUUCUCCUUUGGGGAAUAACGUGCAAAGGGAGCCUGAAAACAUGGCAUGCAGUUCUCAAAAGGUGGGCUCUCAGAUACGGUGGAAAUGCCACAAAAACCAGGACACUAUAUUCUUAGGGAUGGAAAAUAUCUUCAUUUUCAAACCAGAGCGGUCACUGGAUGUUCAACUGAAUAUCAGCUUCUUCAAUAAUGUCCAGCCUUUGCCACCUCAAAAUCUGGUGGUGAACAUCACAGAAGAUGGUGACUCCUUUUUGAUAUGGGAAGCAGGUAAUGGAAUCAUCAGAAACAACUGGCUGGAGAAUAGCCUGGACUUUGAAGUCACCUACAAACGAUUUUGGGAGUCUUGGGAGGAAUCUUCCUCUCUUUUGGUCUCAAAUGCCUCCCAAUGCCUUCUCCAACACCUUGUGCCUGGGAACACCUAUGUUGCUCGUGUUCGAAGCAAGCCGGGUCGAACAAGCCAGUUUGUUGGUCAUUAUAGUGACUGGAGUUCUGUGGUAAUUUGGGAUACCCCAGAAGGCAAAGUUGAAGCUCAACCCAAGAACGUCCAUUGUCAAUUUAAAGGCAUCGAUCAGCUUAAAUGCAGCUGGGAGGUGAGGCAAGAGAUCAGCAGUUCUAUUUUGUUUGCCCUCUUCUACAAAGAUAACACAACAUCACAAGAGAAGGAAUGCUUUCCAGUCCAUGAAACGGAGCUGCCUCCCAGCCCUCUCAAAGGCCCUAAGCAUGUCUUGCAAAGCUGUGAAAUCAGUGUCACCAGCCCAAAUGGACCAAGUCAAUACUUUGUUACUGUCCGGCCAAAAGAAGAAAAGAGAACAAUGGAGAUGGCAAAGCGAAUCAAGGCAGCCCCACCUUAUAACUUGUCAGUGACAGAUUUGAACUAUCAAGCUUACAAACUGCAAUGGAAGGCCACAGCCAUUCUAGAUAAUAUCCCACAGAUAUAUCGGAUUUUAUACUGGGAGACUGGAAACCCAUUAGAGGUCAAAUAUGUCGAUGCUAGCUUUGAUAAAGUGUUUACAUUCACUUCAAAAUUCCUGAAACUGGGUUCAAGUUACACAGCAAAAGUGCAGGCAAAAGUGAAUGGACGAAGCUAUGAUGGCCCUUGGAGUGAGUGGAGCAAGGAGAUUCAGUGGACCACGAAGGACAUUUUUCCACCUUGGGGUAUUCUACUGAUUGGUGUGAUCUCUAUUAUUUUAAUCAUGGUUGUCCUCUACUGUUGUUAUAAAUACCUUCUUUGCAAGAAAAGAAAAUGGGAUGCAGCCAUUCCAAGUCCUCCCAGGACACUUCUGCUCCCAGACUUUUUUCAGAAAGUAGAAUUAUCAGAUGGCUUGGAAGACAGUAGUAGACAGAGCUCUUCAAAGUUGCAAGGGUUUGACUAUACCAAGAUAUUGGAAAGGGAAAUGCCAGUGACCCAUCCAGAGUCUCUUCCAGCUGAGUCAAGGAAAACAGAACAGCAUUCACUUGUCUCUCAGGAUAUGGAAGAAAUCAAACUUCCAAAUGUAAGCAAAGCUGGCCAAUUUUUGACUCAAAGUGUUGAAAAGGCAAUACACAGUAGUCACCAGGUUCAGAUCUUUGAUUAUGAUGGCCCAUACUUACACCUUCCACCAGAAUCUUCUGUACGUGAUGUUUCACAGGAUGUGCAAAUUGUACCAUCAAAAAAAACAGAAAUAUAUAUGUCUUUGAAGCAUAUGAAAUUGCCCCAUUGCUUGUACCCCCAGCAGCUACCAGUAGAGAAAGAGAAAGAGGCAGUUCCAUCUUUUCUUACAAUAAGUGAUGGGCAGGGGGAAAAGAAGCAGCAACUUCUGAAAAGACAAGAAGGAUCUCAAAGGGAUACAUAUGUGAAAGAAGACAACAAAACAAGGGGAACACAACAUCUUCCUGGUACAAACAACUCUGGUCAAAAUGGACCAUUGGAUUACAUUGCGACUGAAAAUUUACCAGUGAGCCAAGUAGAGGGCUCUUUACAUUUGAUACCUGUAGUGGCCUCAGAGAAAGAGAUGCCUGCCUGCAGUAGGAUGGCCACAGAUGUGCCAGAAACAAGUGCAGAUCUCUCAAGCUCAAUGAUGGAUCAGAAGAAACCAGACACUGUGCUACCAACAAAGGGACAAAUGCUAGCUAUUCCUUCAGUAACACCCCCCAAAGCAUUUGACGACUAUGUGAUGAGCCUUCCUGCAACCCCAGGAUCUACACUGAAGGAAGGACUUGGUCUCUCCACCGAGGAACCCAAGCACAACAAGGGAUUUUUUAUAUUCAACCCUGACAACAAGAGCCCCAUUUUCUUAAGCCAAGUGGGAGAUUACUGCUUCUUUCCUAGCUUCAAGUUAAACAACGAACCCCUCAAGAAUCCCAAGGGAACUCUGGGACAUGGCUUUUCAGAAACAGGCUCCAAAGUCACAAACCCUCUUGAUGAUGCCAACUCUGUUGGAAGCAAGCUGCAGACAACUAUUUCACCUCUGCCAAGACUUGAGUUUUAAACUUUCCCAUCUUGUGUACUAUGAAGAGAAUAAAAAUGUUAUCUCUUCCUCAGCUGAUCUGGAUCAAUCCAUUAAGAAGAUGGAUAGCAGGGUAGUAGAACUGAUGUCACAGGGCUAAAGCCUUAAGUCUUUUUGAUGAACAAGGACUCUGAUAUCAUCUGACGCUCCACUUGGAUUGGAUUGUUCUAAGAUUUGUUGGAAUUCCCACAUUAGUACAAUGGGAAACUGAUUUUCCUAGGACCAAGAUAUCAUUAUAGGCUCUCUCUAUUGCAAUCAAAAGUAUUUGGUACAGGUAUGGGUGGGUGUCUUGGUUAGGCAAGAGCUGUUAGCUUUACAAAAGUCCAGCUUCUGCUGAAGAUAAUUGCUAGAAAUAACUUUAACUCAACAGAGCUGGCUGCUUAUAUGGAGUGUUUCUGUAGAGAUUGCCUUGAAGAGGGCUUGUGCUUCAAAAUUACCCUUAUUCUAGUGGGGAGGAGCCAAGGAAUCCCUUCUUUUGGCUUAUCAACAUGUAUCAGCAGAUUUGGGAUACUGUGUGUUUGUAUGUUAUGGAAAGAGACAAGAGAGGGGUGGGAGAAAGAGAUUGUGAAUGGUAUAGAUGCAUGAGUUAUACGUAAGAUGAUCAAGCAGCUAUGACCCUCUUUGCUGUAAUUCCAAAAUCCCCCCAAAGUGGUUGGAUACCAUUUAUUGUAUUUUUUUGAAAAACUAACUCUCGGCAUUUCCUUUUCUAACUCACUUCUUUCUUAGCAAGUUUUCAGAAUAGAGAAUUAUAGCACUAUCAUUUGGUUUAAAUACCAUAACAAUACUCUGGAAUCCUUGGAUUUGCAAUUUAGAGAGAAAUCUCCAUGAGAAAAGUCUAUUUUUUCAACAAACUACAGACUGCAGGAUUCCACAGGGUACAGCCAUAGCAUUCAAAGUGGAAUCAUGCUAGUAUAAUUGUAUAAAGGAAGCCUCCGGGUUACAAACAUCUGACUUACAAAUAGUUAAGAAUGGGGACGAGACAAAUCUACCCCUUGGAAGGGAAAUUCACUCCUGAAAGAGUUAUCAUGGAGAAAAGGUGUCUCCACUGAAGCUUUCUCACCAAUCCUUAUUUCCACAACAAGGCAAAUUUUUCAAAACCCUAUUAUCAUAGAGACAGAAAGUGAAGUGAAAUCUUCUGAACAAGGGCACAAACAACAGAACAAACACAACAGGGGUGUUCACCCUUCCCUAUGCUAUCCAAUGCUAAAAGAUAUAUAUUUCUGGCUGGAGUUACACUUAAAAAUGUACCUAUUCUGACUUACAAAUAAAUUCAACUUAAGGACAAGCCUACAGAACCUAUCUUGUUCAUAACUUGGGGAUUGCCUGUAGUGUAAAAUGCAGCACAGUUGCAUGUCUGUUUUUUUUUUAAAGAUACUUCACUGUCCUACAAUACAAAAUACAGCCACGUGUCAGUUUAAAAAAGACUCUCUGACAUGAAUCUCCUUUUAAUAAAGUUUUUUAAAUGCU